AUGGCUGAGAGACAGGUCGAAGAAAUCGAAAAGGGCGAAACAGAUGAACGUCUCCGUGGAGUCCCAACUGGAGGCACCAAACUCAAACUUGCAAUCGUUGCCGUGACGGUGAGCGGGAAGAUUGCCCAUGUCGCCACUGACAUCCUUACACUGCCGUACAACCGGUUCUAUCAACAGAAUACGCUUCGCCCCAUUCUGUCCAUUGCCAAGAGUGUUGAAAACCGUGAAAGCGAUGCAGAAAUCUCAGCCGAGCUCAAGAGGUGGCGGGAUCGCAAGCUGAGCGAGUUUCAACUCGUCCAAGUCGCCAGCACCCUCAUUUCUGCCGCUGUCAUAGGCACCUUCUCCUGGCCGGCACCCGAUUCCCUGCACUGGCUCACUCCCGCCUUCUGGUAUGCCAGCAUCUCCCUCUCGCUCUUCUCCAUCCUCCUCGCCUCCUCGGAGCAGUUCAUUUUCCAAACGAUACACCGCUCGCCAAAACCGCGCAACGUCGAUAAGGAGCUCGCCAUGAUUCUCUACAUUCGCCGCAGCAGAAACGUCGAGCCUGUGCACUCGCCACUGGAGGAGGUGCCGCCGAUCCCCCAGAUCCGCGAGAUUAAGUUGCGUGAGAAGGGGGGUUGGUUUCCCAAGGAGAUGCCGCUCGUCGAAAUCCGCUGGAACAUGAUUUUUACGUGGCAGGCGCCUAUGAUGUUGAUGGCCUACUCAGCGCUUUGCUUCCUUGGAGGCUUAACGGUAUAUGUUUGUACGCCUCUUUAUGACGGCCAAGGUUGGGGAGGUGCUGGCAAGCAACAACACAUGAUUAUUUGCAUCGCCAAAUGCAUAGCUGACGUAUCUAGGCUGCCGCGUUUUACCUCGUCAGUUUUUUCUUUUGUGGACUCACCUUCAUAUGGUGUGCUUAUUGGGCAUACAAAUUUGUUGACUUGGAAGACCCAUGAUUGGAAACAUGUGCCCGCCGCAGAUGCAUCGCACUAUUCCAUACAGAGGAAUUUGGACACCUGCAGGUGCUGCAAGCCACCCGGUGACCGGAUGACUCACGCCGGCGGCGGUCAAACUUGGCAAAUGUCAUUUACCCCUGAACUUUAA